AUGAAUGUAAGCAUAGCUGUGUAUUACCUCAUUAAGAACAGAGAUGCAAACAGAAGCCUGGAUAUUUUUGAUGAGCGAUUGCAUCCACUCACAAGUGAAAAGCUUCCAGAGGAAUACUUUGAGCAUGAUCCCGAAUACAUGCGUAUUUACAGAUUUAUUGCUAGCAUUUUUAAUGCCACAUGGUUACCAACUGAAUGCGCAAUAAUAACCUUGGUCUUCUUGGAAAGGCUUUUGUCUUACGCUGAGAUUGACAUCUGUCCUGCUAAAGGGGAAAGGAUUCUCCUGGGGACCAUUCUUCUUGCCUGCAAGAAUUGGGAUGGUGAGACUCUGUGGAAUAUGGAGUUCUGCCGGAUCUUCAACGGUGUUACCCUUGAGGACAUGUGA